CUCAUCUGCAUCCUCCCUUCAUGCUCUCUGGAGAGAAGUCAGUCAGGCAAACACUUCGGCUCCCCUUUGGCAUGGUUGAGAAGUAAAACACACUUUGGACAGGAACAUUUCGCAGACCCGGCUCGACUUGGAAAUGGAGAACAAAACUGACCAAUAAAUCAGGAUGCACUGGUUGCUUUCCCCCAUCUUAAGUCUGCUUGUUUGCUUUCAGAGCUUGGUACUGGCAUCUAGAGUGAAAAGCAGGAGUCAGCCAUACGAUAAGUUGUACUAUGAGUAUGUCCCUCAUCGUCUGCAAUGGAAGGCUGCAGAGGAACUGUGCAAGCAGCGAUCCGGGACCUUAGCCACCGUAUCCAGCUCGGCAGAGAACCGACAGCUAGCCGGCUUCUUGAACUACUGGAAUAUCUCUCAUCCUGUGUGGAUCGCCAGGAAAGUCUUAACACAUCGAAGAAAUUCCUCCAAAACGCAGGUUUUGGAUUUCUCCAGGCGCACCAACAGCACAUAUGCCAUCCUCCGGCACGACUUCCCUUCCAUGCUCUCCUUGACUGUCUGUGCCCAGCUACGCUUCGAUCCAAACAGCUUUGGAAUUUCCACAAUCUUCUCCUAUUCUGUUGAUGACUUCCAGCUGCGCGCGAGCCUGGCUCGGGGAAAGCCUGUGCGGUUGGCUCUGGUGAUCCAGGGCAAGCAAUGGCCGUACGCACCGGCUUUUGAGCACGACGACUCCUGGCAUUCGGUGUGUGUCGCUUGGAGCCAGCGUGGCGGAGUCGGGGCCCUAUAUGCUCACGGUCGGAUGGUCGCAAGCUGGAACGGCGUGAACAGCAGUGAAGGCAGCAUUGGCCCAGAUGAUUCUUUCAUCAUGGGCCAGGGGCCGAAUGGAGGCUUGUUUGCGACCAAUGACUCAUUCUCAGGGAGCAUCACCGAGCUGCACAUUUGGGAUCGGGUUUUGAGCAGCUGUGAAAUACUCGGCAUGGAAAAUGAGUGCUCAACCGUCUCCUCUGGGCUUGUGCUGAAGUGGAGCAAAGCGUCCCUGGAAAUGGAACCCUCCGUUAGACUCCUGGCGGAGAACAAUCCGUGUCAAGGAAAUGUCACUGAUUUCACUGUGGAUCUCUUCAACUCCAUCUUGGCCGGGUUGUCUUGGCAAAACCACACUUUCACCGUUGAAGUGUUGCAGUCACAAACGGUUCAUAAAGUUUGUGAAGUCCUAGACCCUGUUAAGGAGAGCUGUGACCUAAAGAAUUGCACGUCAAAUAUGGGAUUCGUCUGUCAAUUUACGAAGGAACAGCACAGUUUACCAAAGUCCCCUUUUGUCAGCAGGCUGAGCGAAGAUCCGAAGAUCAGGCAGGUUAUGGAGGAGCUGAGCUUCAACACCUCCCCAAAUCUGACCUCCCUGCAGCAGCUGACUCAGGCUGCCCUGUUUGCAGUAGAGGCUGGCGGCCCUCACCCCUUAACCUCCGGCGACAUCCUCUACCUCGCCCAGCUGAUUGAUAGCGCCGCAGCCAGCAGCCGCUCUGCAGGAGCCAAUUCAGCGGAGGUCAUGGUGUCUAUCGCUACCAACUAUUUAAAGCUGGCCAGCGUGAUGCUCGAGCCGCACACGGCCACACAGUGGGUCGGUUGGACCGAGGACGGGGCCAGCGUCGGACCAUUUACAGUAAUCAAGAGCAUCGAUAGUCUCACGGAAGCUCUUGCAGAUACGCUUUCUGCGGAGCAAAGAGGCGUCACUCUUUCUACCAAGAACAUAGAUGUGUACCUGAAGUGGCAAAACCUUUCUCACAAGAACAGCAAUCAGGUCUUCAAGCCAUCUGCAGUCACCUCCCACAGGCCCAGCAGAAGUAGCCAGGAUGAGCUCAUCAUCCCCGACUCUGAACUCCAGCGGCUACAGAAACUGGGAUGCGAGGAAGUGAUGUUUAUUCAUACCCACUACAGCCACCUCAGCGAGGUUGUGUCUGCAGCAGGGGAACCUGCAGAAAGUCAGCAAGACAAAGCAGAAAGCACUCCCACAGGCAAACUGACCUCCGCUGUCAUAUCAGCGACCGUCCGAGAUGUCUCGAAGGGCCAAAGCGUCCCGGUGGCCGUUCAGUACACCCUUUCAUCUUCACAGCUGGGGGAGUAUUCCCAGAGGAGCCAACCUGUUUGUGCAUUUUGGAAUUUCAGCUUGAUGCAUGAUCAUUCCAGUGGCUGGUCCAGCGAUGGCUGCUCCGUGGUCUUUGUCGGCUCUGGUGCCACCUCGUGUCUGUGUAACCAUACGACCAACUUUGCAGUCCUGAUGAAUUACUUGGAAUCUAAGUGGAGUCCUGAGGAGGAGGUUAUUUUGACCAAGCUGACGUUCAUCGGCUGCGGGGCGUCUCUCUGCGCACUGGUGGUGACCUUGAUGCUCUUCACUGUCCUGGACAUCCCUAAAUCAGACCGGACCUCCAUCCAUAAAAACCUCUUCAUAGCCCUGAUCUGCGCCCAGGUGAUUCUGCUCUGCAGCGGCUCGGCCAUUCACAGCAAGGUGGCGUGCACGCUUGUUGCCGCGCUGCUCCAUCUCUUCUUCAUGGCCGCUUUUAGUUGGAUGCUAGUCGAAGGGCUGCUGCUCUGGAGCAAAGUAGUGGCGGUCAACCUGAGCGAGGAUCAUCACAUGAAGUACUACUAUCUCAUCGGCUGGGGUCUGCCCGUGCUGAUAGUCACCAUUACGCUCGCAUCGGCCUCGGGCAAAUACUCUGCUGAUGACUACUGUUGGCUCAGCGUCCAGAACGGCAUCAUCUGGGGAUUUGUCGGGCCUGUUAUCUUCAUCAUUAUGGUCAACAUCUUGGUUCUGACCAGGGUGGUAAUUAUCACCAUCUCCACAGCCAAAAGGAGGUCCAUCAUGCUCGCCCUGGGCAUGAGUCCCGUUGAGCAAGCCUAUGAGCAGAUCAGGGCUGCAGUGAAAGCGGUGCUGGUGUUGCUGCCAAUCCUCGGACUGACAUGGCUCUUUGGCGUUCUGGUGCCAUUUUCCAUCGUCAUGGCCUACCUCUUCAUUCUUCUCAAUUCCCUACAGGGCCUGUUCAUCUUUCUGAUAUAUGGGGUGUACAACACAGAGGUUUGGAGUACUGUCAACAGGAUCAAGGAGAGAAGAAAAGCGCUUAAUUUCUCUAACUGUGCCAGCUCCCGACCCUCCAGCUCAUUGACCAGCUCCCGUCCUGCUAGUUAUCCACUUGGAUCGACCCCAAGCCAGGAAGAAGAGGCCUACCCUUGCAGCAACCCGUCAUGCCCCAGGACGGAGGAGGAGAGGAGCAGAGGUCAGUUAACCACUCCGCGUGUUGAGGAAAAAUCCCUGCUUCAAACUUCCCCUUUCACUCAACUGGAUAGAAAGGUAACUCUCUUUUCAGGAGCCCCCUCCUGCAGAAAUGGACGCCUUGCCAGCUGGAUGCAGUCUGCAUGUUCCCAUGGACGUUGAGUUUGCAGCUUCCUGUUUCCCUCGCUUUCCUCCGCCUUAGAUAAAUCUGUGUUUGUGACAAUUACAUAACUUUUGGUGGUAAAGAAGUAAGGAAGUACUCACUCUGACUUUCACAUUUAUCUUAUAAUUUACUGGAUGAUAUGUAAGCAUUAUACCUACAUUUAAUGUAUUGUUGUUGUUUUUUUACAAUGCAGACGAUACGUCCAGUAACAAAGUACAUUUAUUUUUUUCCUUUUAAGAUCCUGUAGUUCUCUUGCUGUGCGUUUACUACAAAGAGUGCUUAAUAGCCUUAUCAUUGCUUUCAAUUAAUUGGCAAAAUGUUUCUCAUGGUAUCUGUAACUAUUUUUAACAACCAACUAUGACCCAGAAUGUGACAGAAGGUGAAAUAAAACUGGAGCAGAGGGACUCUGUGAAGAAAUUCGGUAGUUCUUGAUACUGGUUAAUUUUAUUAUUGUUAUUGUGAUACAGCUAUGUUUUUUUUCUAAUAAAAAUGUACUUGAUGUUUCAACUUUA